CUGCCCGAGGGAGCCGCGGCGUGACGCGCGAGGGGGCGGGGCUUGCCAACCCCAGAAGCCCGAGGCGCUCAAGAUGGCGGCUCCUGGCGAGGCUUUUUGGCGAGGUCGGCGGGUGAGCGAGGGAUCGAGGAGCUGAGUGGCUUCGGCCACCGGCAUGACUCGGGCUGGUCGGGUGAAAAUGCAAAACCUAAGAAACUGUUGGGCUGAUGAAUUUCUGUAGUAUAUUCUCAACAUUGUGAGAUUGACAAUGGAUAAAUGUAAGCAUGUAGGCCGACUACGGCUUGCCCAGGACCAUUCAAUUGUGAAUCCUCACAAAUGGCAUUGUAUGGUAUGCAAUACUACAGAAUCUGUAUGGGCCUGUCUCAGUUGCUCUCAUGUUGCUUGUGGAAGAUAUAUUGAAGAACAUGCACUAAAGCACUUUCAGGAAAGCAAUCAUCCAGUAGCAUUGGAAGUAAAUGAACUCUACAUUUUUUGCUAUCUUUGUGAUGAUUAUGUUAAUGAUAAUGCAACUGGUGACAUAAAACUUUUACGAAGUAUACUAAGUGCAAUCAAGAGCCAGAAUUAUGACUGUACUACUCGGAGUGGUAGGAUUUUGCGAUCUAUGGGCAUAAGUGAUGAUCUUUCACAUAAUAAUGCUCAGGCUUUGCUUCGAAGUCAAGACCGUAUGUUCACAGCCCUAUGGCACAGGAGGCAUGCAUUAAUGGGCAAAGUAUUUAGAACUUGGUUUGAACUAACGCCAACUGGGAAAAAGAUUUUAGAAGAAGAUAAGCUGUGUGAACAGGCAGAAGAAAGACGAGUCAAUGCUAGGAAGAAAAGAGAAGAGCGAAAGCGCCAAUUGAAGGAGGAAAUGGAAAAAAUACCACCAAGGAAAAGCUUUCGCUUACAAAAGCAAAACGAAGAAUCUUCAGUCUGUGCACUAAAAAUGCCACAAAAUUUGGGCUCUGAUAUAGAGCUGAAAGUAGCAGCUACCUCAGAUGAUGUAAAGUUAAAAAAAAUUAAUGACUCUCCAGCCAAACGAAGACCUACUAUGACUCCUGGUGUGACAGGACUACGUAACUUGGGAAAUACUUGCUAUAUGAAUUCAAUUCUUCAGGUAUUGAGUCAUUUGUUCAUAUUUCGUGAAUGUUUUUUAAAGCUUGAUUUAAACCAAACACAAGAGUUAUUAGCAGUUGCCGCCAGUGGCAAAACAAGAUCCUCUACAAAGCAGCCUCUAUCUGCUAGCUUUGAUGUUCAAGAACAGAAAACCUUUGUUAAGGACCAGAUAUUUUCUACAAGGCGAUUUAGUACAUCAUCAGGUUUAAGUGGUGGUGGAUCAAGUAAUAGAAAUAUGGAACUUAUUCAGCCCAAGGAACCAAGUUCAAAGUACAUUUCUCUUUGUCAUGAAUUACAUACUUUGUUUCAAGUUAUGUGGUCUGGCAAGUGGGCAUUGGUGUCUCCUUUUGCCAUGCUCCAUUCCGUGUGGAAACUAAUCCCAGCCUUCCAUGGUUAUGCCCAACAAGAUGCUCAGGAAUUUCUUUGUGAACUUUUGGAUAAAGUCCAACAAGAAUUGGAGACGGUUAGAGCAAAAAGCCCGGCCCUCAUUCCUGCUUCUCAAAGGAAACUCAUUAAAAACGUUUUGAAUGUGGUCAACACUAUUUUUCAUGGACAGCUUUUAAGUCAGGUAACAUGCCUUGCAUGUGACAACAAAUCAAAUACUGUAGAGCCUUUCUGGGACUUGUCAUUGGAAUUUCCUGAAAGAUACCACUGCAAUGGGAGGGAGACAACCUGUCAGUAUCCAUGCUUGUUGACAGAGAUGUUGGCCAAAUUUACAGAAACUGAAGCUUUAGAAGGGAAGAUAUAUGCCUGUAACCAGUGCAACAAGGCACAGAAGCAGCUUCUGGUGUGCCACCUACCUCAGAUUCUGCGGCUACACCUUAAGCGAUUCAGAUGGUCAGGACGCAAUCAUCGUGAGAAGAUUGGUGUGCAUGUCAACUUUGAUGAAAUUCUAAACAUGGAACCCUAUUGUUGCAGAAAAUCUCUAAAAUCCCUUAUAGGAGAUUACUUUAUCUAUGAUUUGUCUGCUGUUGUGAUGCAUCAUGGGAAAGGAUUUGGUUCAGGACACUACACUGCCUAUUGCUAUAAUUCAGAUGGAGGGUUCUGGGUACACUGCAAUGAUUCCAAGCUCACCAUGUGCACUAUGGAAGAAGUAUGCAAGGCCCAGGCAUAUAUUUUAUUUUAUACCCAACGAGUUACUUUAAUGAAUGGACAUUGGGGAAUGUCAGGUCUCGACUCACCAUCUGGGAAACAGGCAAAUACUGAAGUUAAUGGCUCCAAUGAGAAAAGUGACAGCUAAUUCAGAGCCAAAUUGCUAUGUACAUGAUAAGUCUGAAUUGCGCAAAAAUGUACUAAAUCUGCCUUCUGGAGCCAAACCCUAUUACGCAUUCAGAACUUUUGUACCUUUUAAACUCAUUCAUGACAGUAACUUCCCAAGUUAUUAGCAUAUAUAUCUCAAUUGUUAAGAUAAAAUUUUCCAUUUGAAUCUUUAAAUUUUACCUCAAGCUGUUUUUCAGCAUUUUAAUAUUUUGAAGUAGGAAACGUAGAUGAGGAACAUGGGUGGACAAACUCUGGACUAUUUUUAAAUUAAAAGCUGUGUUUUAUACUACUUCUAGCAGUACUGUGGAUAUUGUCUGCAGGAAUCUGUCUUGCUUCCAUGAUUAAAAUAUGUGAUGGUAAUAAAUGCAUUUAAGUUUUCUUCUGGUGAUGUUAAAAUAUUCUCUCUGUUCUGUAACCGAAGAGUUCAAGUAGUACAAUACUUUUCACAUAUUAUUAAAGCACUAAAUCACUAGAAAGAUCAGCAACAUUAAAAUAUAUAAUUUCCAUAGCCUAUUUAUUAUUUCACUCCAAGUAUACUGCUGAAUUAAAUGGAAACCUGUGAGGAAGGCUGUGUAAAUGGCAAUUCCAAUUGCAAAAACAGCUCAUAAGCUUUUUGCCACAGGUUCUAUAUCUAAUCUGGUGUACAGGUAGUCCUUGACUUACAACUGGUCAAUUAGUGACUGAAAUUAUGAUGGACCCCUCCCCCCACCAGUCAGUAUGAUUGCAUUUGGGAAACCCAACAACUAGUGUGCGUUCAUGGCUUGUUUGCAGUGUGUCAUUCAUAUGACUUCAAUUUAUGUUUGUUGCCAGAAACAGGCAUUUUCUUCUGGUUCUGUAAAAACCCAUUGUGGUCAAUGGAUUUGUUUAACAACCAUGGUAAUUUUCUUACAUCAACAGCCAAAAUAAUAUAAAAUUGGGUUUAUCACAUGAUGACCUGCAUGACGUAUUCCAUCCAGGGUCAGUUAUGAUCAUAAGUUUAAUAACUGUACUCUGAUCUGUGACUUGCCAUACUAAAAUCCAUGGUAGAUGAUAAAAACUCUGGUUUUGAUUUUUGCUAUUAACAUCUGGAAAUGUUUUACAGCAAAGAUGUGUCGGCCAGGUUACCACUAUAGCAUAACUUUCCUAAAUGCUGUUUAUAGUUUCUACUGGAAAAGAAAAUUCAAAUUAUUGCUCUAUACAUAUUAAUGAUUUUUUUUCUCUAGCGUGCUCCCUCCUAUCUAAAUUUAAAGGCCUUUGUGUUCAAUUUUUCUUUGAGUGCUUCAGUUUCAGUUGCUCCUUUAUGUUCAUUUAUCCAAUACAAAAUUGCAGCAUAGGUUAGGUUUGGCAAUUAGGAGGGUCAUUCUGAUCAAACUGGAGGGACAUUCAGGUUAUGACUAGAUUGCAAUACUGUUCAGUGUUCAUACUACUGCAACAUUGAGGCUCAAACUAAAAUUCUCCAGAACAUAAAAAAAAACCAAAAAAAACAGCCUUUAACUUUUUGCCCUACUGAUCUAAAUAUGAACAGUUAUCUAAACUACAGUUCUCUCAAAUUGGUGGUAUUCAAAAAAAUUUCACCAUGGUUUGAAGAAACCAUUCUCAUCUGCUGUGAAGUAUCCUGUACAAAGAUGGCAAGAAAGGCUGUGUUAGUACCAUGCAUUCGCAUAUAGGAAUAUUCAUGUGGAAAAAAGCACUUGUGCCUACUCACCGUUUCUUCUGAAAACAGGUUUGCAAAAAUGACUUUAGAUAUAGCUGAAUUUACAUAGAAAUCUAUUUUAAUUCUUCAUAGGAAACUUUUAAGAAUCAAGUUUGCACUCUUGAAUAAUUGAUUUCUUGCCACAGAAUAGAUCCACAGAAAGCCAAACCCAGGAACUGUAAUACAGAGAGGGCCUUUGUCCAAGUUACAAUAAUAAUUACAUUGAAUCUCAUUAAGAGAUUAAAAUAUUUGUUUCGGAUAUCUUAUGAGGGUUAAUUAUUUUCAUUUACAACAAAAGUUGCCUUCCUCUACAUGUUUCAUGUUAAUGGCUAUUAUUUGCAAGGCAAGCCUACUCAGCAGAUACACUUUUCUUUUCCAUGUAUUUUCUGCAUCACACGAGGUAGCAAAAGAUAUAAUAGUUCAGUCUUAUCUUGAGAACACAAUGGUUCAAGUGAAAGACACAUGGUAGAGCAAGCACACUAAAGAGCAAGUUAUUUUCAGGCAGAUAACAUUACAAAUUUAGAAGGUAUAAGCUCUGUUUUUACCACUUUAAAAGAUGCACAAGAUUAUUUGUAAAUAAAAUAAUGUGAAAGAGGAACAGAACAGAAAAAGAAGAUAUGAAAAAAGGAUUCAGUAAGAAAUUAAAAGGACUGAGGAAUAUAAUAGGAAUAAUACAAUGAACUUAAAAGACAAUUACAAUGCAUCAGAUUUUACUUCCAUGCUGAAUUAUAUUCUAUGACACAGAUUCAAUCUUUUUUAAAAAGUCCCAGUGUCUGUACAAUCAGUUCAGGUAGUUCUUUUUAGCCUGUGCUUUUAACAUUUAGGUUGUCAUAAAUUCCCAAAUGUAAAACCUUUUAUUUCUUUUUAUAUGCUUGCGAAGAAAGAGUUUCACCUAUCCUCUUGUCUUUUAAUCUUAAGUAAUACCAUUAGCGACAAUAGAUAUUUUAAUCUCCUGCUUAGUUUCUCUGUUGCAAAAAUAUGCUGUGGUGUGAAGGAAAGGCUUCAGCUUUAUUACAUAAAAACCUAAAGUCAAAAAUUGCAUGCUUGUUGCUUAUACUUUGUUUUUCAAAAAGUCUUAAACAUAGUGCUGAUUGUUCAACUAUUUCCAGUUCUAUUGUCUUUGUAAAACUCCUUCAUUUGGACACAGAAGGCCAAAACUGAACUUUGAGAAUGCAAAUCUUGUAACAGACGCUUCAUUCUAAACUCCAACAUUUCUCUUAUACUGGCAUCCUCUUGUCUUAUUUUUCUUUCUCCCCUUGUUUCACCUUUCCCUUAGGAAUUAUACUUGAUUUCUCAUCAGUUCUCUGCAAGUGAAACUAUUUACACUACAAUAAGCCAUAUACCAGCAGCCUGCUGAUUACAACUUGCUUGCAGCCUUUUACAUGUAUACUUUU